AUGGCUGCAAAACCAGUUUCACAAGAAGAACCGGAAAGUUUAUUGGCUGAUCUGAAUGGUCAGUAUAGAUCUGCAGAAGAAUUGAUGUUGAAUCCAAGAAAUAAGGAGUUUCUACAAUCACAAGUAAAAGAAAUAGAUGCAAUGUUUGUGAAGUAUUCUGAAGCUUAUGAAAUACAUGUUGCAGAACUGCCAGUAGAUGAAGAGGCUCAAAGAGUAGCUAAAGAAUCUUUCCAGAGAGAAAGUUAUGGAUAUGAAGAGUUCAAAGCACAUGUUGAAGAGUGGCUUUCCAGACAAGAAAGCACACAAAUCGUUGAGAAUCCUCCAUCAAAACCACAAUCUAUAGCUAGUAGAAAAUCAUCUAAUAUGUCAAGACCUCGAUCUGCAAGGACAGCAUCGAGUUACAAAAGUACAAGUUCCAGUUACAAGAGAACUGAGGCAAUAGCUGUCAGAGAACUUGCAAAAUUGAAAAUGAAGCAACUGUCAGAGCUAGAACAGGCUGAACGAAAUACUGAAGAAAUGAAUCGGCAAGCUGAAGAAUUAAAAUCAGCAUCAGAGAGAGAAAUAAGGCGAGUACAAGCUAUACACGAAUAUCAAGCCGCAUGUGUAGAGGCGGAAGUGUGGGAAAUAGGCUCUAAUCGCAAUGAAAGGGUUCAGUUUCAAGAAAUGGAUUCUGGACCACCGAUAGCACAAUUGGUAGAAUGUGAAGCAGCACGGGCUGAAGUAAACACACCUCAAGUGGGUCAAACCAAUUGUAUUGUGCCUCCUAGAGAGCCACAAGUUAGAUUAUCCCUGGAUCCGGUCCAGGAAGUGGUUGCGGAAGUGAUGAAUCCCGUUAAUCAAGAAUUUCGAACUAGACAAGGUGGAACGAGACAGGCUAAUUUGGUGAGUCCUGUAGAAGUACCUAAUAUGCCAUCACAAGAUGUUGGCUCAAUUCUUGCUACUAUGACAUCUACAAUGCGUGACAUGGUAGAUUUACCUAAACCAGAAUUACUUUCGUUUCAUGGUUCUCAUGAAGAAUAUACAAGAUUCAUGAAUAGUUUCAAGAUAAAUAUUGAGAACAAGAUUUCAGAUGACAAUCUGAGAUUGACUUACUUGCAACAGUUUUGCAAAGGUAAAGCAAGAGAAUUGAUUCGUCAAUGUUCUGUAUAUCCUCCUACAGAAGGAUUGACUUUAGCAAAGAGACUUCUAAGAGAAGCUUACGGACGACCAUUGUUGAUUGCCAGAACUUAUAUGGAAGAGUUAAUACAUGGUCCAAUGUUGAAACCAGAUGAUCGAGAUAGUCUUCUGGAUCUUUCUCAUAAAAUGGAAGAAUGUUACCUAACGCUGUCGCAUUGGAAGCAAUAUUCAGAUCUAAAUAAUUUUGACAAUAUUGCUCAACUUUCAUGUAGAUUACCCCUGAAGUACCAUAAUAAAUGGGAAGAAGAGGCAGCAGAUUAUGAGAAUAGAAACAUUGAACUAAAAUUUGAACAUCUUUUAAAGUUUGUCAAGAAAGCAGCAAUUACGGCACAAUCAUCGAUGGGCAAAGCUAUGAGAGCUCAUAAAGAGAGGGAAAAGGCUAAACACCCUCAAAAGAAGAGAAUUUAUGCAAAUUCCACUUCAACAAGUGGUGAUGGCAAACCUGAACAAUCUACCGAGAGAAAAGGUACAUUUGUGAGAAAUAGAUACAGAUGUGUUAUCUGUUCAAAAGAUCAUUUUCUUAUUCAUUGUCCAGAGUUUGAAAGAAAAUCUGCAAGUGAACGCGAGGCUACAAUUCGUGAAUUUCAUAUUUGCAGAAACUGUUUAUACAUUGGUCAUAUGGCACGGCAAUGUCGUAAGAAUCCUGCAUGUACUGAGAGAGGAUGUGGUGGCAGACAUCAUAGAAUGCUUCAUCGAAAUGUUGCAGAUACUAAGCGAAAAGAGCAAAGUACAAGUUCCGCUACUCAAACUGCUACAUCGGGAUCGACCUUAACGAACUAUACCAGAAAUUCAGCUGGAGUAUACUUGAAUAUAGUUCCAGUGAAAGUAUCCUCACCUCAAGGUAGAGAAAUUGAAGUAUACUGUUUCCUAGACGAGGGAAGCACCUCUUGUCUAUGUGAUAAAAGAUUGAUGGAACUUUUAGAGAUGGAUGGUGAACCAAUGAGUUAUUCCAUUACUACUGUAAACACACCGAAUCCACAGAAACAAGAUGGAUUCGCUCUUGACUUAACUGUUAAACCACUGAAAGGGGAAGGUUGUGUGACAUUACAUCGUGUGCUCACUGUGGAUGAAAUUCCGACAGUACCGAAUAAAUUACCUAAAAGGAUUGAAUUAAAAAGGCAUGAAUAUCUCGAGGGUAUUGAAUUUCCAAAAUUACCAGAUGAAAGAGUGAUGCUCAUGAUUGGCGUGAAUGUACCGGAAGUAUUCUGGGUAAAAGAUGAAAGGCGUGGUACUACAAAUGAACCAGUUGCAAAAAGAAGUAUUCUUGGUUGGUCACUGGUCGGGCCUGCCUUUAAUAAAGCUUCUGGGAAUGAAAGUUUUCAUGUACAUGUUAAUCAUGUUGAAGUGAAAAGUGAAGAUCUUCAACAACAAAUUCGAGAGAUGUGGGAAACGGAUUUCAAAGAUAUAUCAUUGACUCCCACACCAACAUUGUCAAGAGAAGAUAAGUAUGCAUUACAACUGAUGGAAGAUAAUAUAAAGAUGGUGGAUGGACAUUACCAAUCUCCGUUACCAUGGAAACCGGGAUGUCCUGAAUUUCCUAAUAAUCGUGAUGCAGUUAUGAGAAGAACCAACAAUUUGGGAAAACGCUUGUUGAAGAAUGAUGUUUUAAGGGACAAAUAUUGCAGUACCAUGGCUGAAUUUAUAAAGAAGGGAUGGGCAAGGAAAAUUCCUGCUGCUGAAUUUGAAGCACCCAUUGGUAAAGCGUGGUAUCUUCCUCAUCAACCCGUUACAUCAGAACAGAAACCUGGUAAAGUACGCCUGGUAUUUGAUGCAGGUGCAAGAUAUUUGAACACAUCACUGAAUGAUCAAUUACUGCAAGGUCCAGAUAUGGCAAAUGGAUUGUUAUCUGUUUUGCUACGUUUCAGAAUGUACAAAUAUGGUAUAACUGCAGAUAUAGAAGCUAUGUUCUUACAAGCUCGUGUAACGCCUAGGGAUGUUGAUGCAUUGAGAUUCCUAUUUUGGCCUGAUGGAGAUUUGACAAAAACUCCUGUCGAUCAUCAGAUGUUAGUGCAUUGUUUUGGAAAUACAUCAAGUCCAUUUUGUGCAAAUUACUGUUUAAGGAGAACUGCAGAAGAUUUUGGAAAAGACUUUCCAUCAGAUAUAAAUAGUAUAUCUGAAGGGAAGAGAAUUGUCAAGCAAACCUCAGAACUUACUGAAUGUGGAGGUUUUCAUUUAAACAAAUGGAGGAGUAAUUCAGAAGAAAUUAUUUCUUGUGUUCCAGAAAAGGAUAGAGCACAAAUUCAAGCAAACGUAAAUUUAGACCCAAAUCGUUUUGAACGAGUUUUGGGAGUUGUGUGGUUCGUGAUAGAAGAUUGCUUUGGAUUUAAUACAAAGCUGAAGACAAAACCUGCUACGAAAAGAGGAGUUCUAGCAAUUCUUAGUUCCGUAUUUGAUCCCAUGGGUAUUGUAUCACCUGUGAUAUUGCAAGCAAGACUUAUAUUCCAAGAGUUAUGUCGUCAACAAUUGGGAUGGGAUGAAACUAUUGGAGCAAAUGAACAAAUAGCAUGGGAAAGCUGGACUAAAGCAAUUCCAGACUUAUCAGAAGUCAAAUUACCAAGAUACAUUAAACCGAAUUCAUUUGGGGUUAUUGUUUCACAAGAAUUACAUCAUUUUGGCGAUGCAUCACAAGUUGCCUAUGGAUCAGUUUCAUAUUUGAGGUUAUCAGAUGAAAACGGUCAGAUACACUGUUCAUUUUUACUUGGAAAAUCAAGAUUGUGUCCUAUCAAGACAAUAUGUUCACUUCCACGGCUGGAAAUUACAGCUGCUGCGCUUUGUGUGCGAGUGGAUAUGUUUUUAAGACGUCAAUUAAAAUUUGAGAAGAAUGUUAAGUCUAUAUUCUGGAGUGAUAGCACAGCUACUAUCCAAUCAAUUUACAAUUCGUCGAAAAGAUUUCCUACUUUCAUAGCUAACCGAUUAGCAAAAAUUGAAGAAGGUUCAGAGCCACAUCAAUGGCGUUAUGUUCCAAGUGAAUUGAACCCAGCGGAUUAUGCAUCCCGUGGAAUGACAGCAAAGAAAUUGAUUGCAAAGAAAUCAUGGUUACAAGGACCAGAAUUUCUCUACCAGAAUGAAGAGAACUGGCCACAAAUGCCAGUUAAAUUACCAGAUUUACCAUUGGAAUUUAUUCAGAAAAGCCAAUGA